GCUGGUAUAGCGAUGGCAGCUGCUGGGGUUGUGUGGCUGUGGGCGCUUUGCGCGUUGUGCCGGGUCGCCGUCAACUCAGCGGUGCCCGUCGCCGCACGGCAGCAGAAAAGAACGAGCGCUGAGUUCGCAGGUGAAUUCUGGCAUGUGACUGACUUGCAUUUGGAUCCUACCUAUCAUCUGACACCUGAUCCUACCAAAGUCUGCUUUUCGUCAAAGGGAUACCCGGCAAAGCACGCAGGACCUUAUGGAGACUAUUUGUGUGAUUCACCAUAUAAUCUUAUCCAAUCUGCUUUUAACUUCAUGAAGGGUGCUAAAGUUCAACCCUCUUUUGUAAUAUGGACUGGGGAUAGUCCCCCUCACGUGCCAGCUGCAAAGCUCUCUACAAGGAUUGUGAUUGACAUCCUCCACAAUAUGACACGGACUAUUCAGGAUCACUUCAAAGAUCUACAAGUUUUUCCUGUGUUGGGAAACCAUGACUACUGGCCACAGGACCAGCUUCCAGUUAACGUGAGCGAAGUUUACGUCGCUGCAGCGGAUAUGUGGAAACAGUGGUUGACGUCCGAAGCACGUACUACCCUGCUAAAAGGUGGUUUCUACACCCAGGUUUUUAAUUGUAAUGCUACUCAGCAGAGUCUCCGGAUAAUCGGCCUGAAUACAAAUUUGUACUACAGUCCAAAUGAAGUGACUGAGAGACUGCCAGAUCCUGCAGGACAAUAUGAGUGGCUAGAAAAGACACUGAAGAAAGCCCAACAGAACAAGGAGAAGGUUUAUGUCAUAGCACACGUUCCUCCUGGUUACUUGCCAGAUUCACUGAGUACCACUGCAGUUAGGGAGAAGGACAACGAAAGACUGGUGCAAAUACUUCGCAAGUACAGCAAUAUCAUUGUUGGACAAUUUUUUGGCCACACUCACAAGGACAGCAUAAUGGUUCUUUUGGAUGAUCAAGGGAGUCCAAUCAAUUCUUUGUUUGUGGCACCUGCUGUAACCCCUCAAAGAGGAAUUUUCGAGCAAGUAUCCAACAACCCAGGCUUGCGCCUGUUUAAGUACGACACAAGUGAUUACAGUCUGCUGGAUUUCUGGCAGUAUUAUCUGAACCUUACAGAAGCAAAUGAGAAGAAGCAGCCCAAAUGGAAGUUGGAAUACAUCAUGACAUCAGCCUAUGGCAUAAACGAUUUGCAUCCACAGUCUUUGCAUGAUUUAACUGAUCAGUUCAUAAUUCCGCAAAGUGAGAAAUUUGAUAUGUAUUAUAAUCAUUACUUAGUCAACUAUGAUACACGAAAGAAAUGUGUUGGCCUUUGUAAGGUAAAACAAGUAUGCGCUAUAAGGUAUUUAGAUAUCACUUCAUACUCAAACUGCAUUCAAAAGGGACUGAAAUAGAGCAUUUUCAGGGGAAAUGUUUGUAUUAAGCACUUAACGGGCCUUUUGUCCAAUACUUAAGCUUAAAAGAAAAUCAUUAUUUUUAUUUUCUGGCAGGCUGGUACAUUUUGCUUGUUUUAAAUUAGUUAUUUUUUAUUUUUAUAUGCAUAUGCUCAGUCAUUUCAUCUUCCCAACAUUGAGUUUCAGUUUUGUUUUAAUCUGGUGCAGUUUUUUUUUUGUUGCUGACGUGAAAUUUUAUUUUGAAAUUUCCACUGUACAUUCUCUCUUCUGAAUGUUAGUGUCCAUGUAAUGCUUUGAGAAAUGUAAUUUGGGCCUUUGACUAUUCUGGCUCUCUAAAGUGUAAUCUAAAUAAUCCUACUUGAUAUGCUUUACCAAUAACAUUGAAAUAUUUCUAGCUUUCAUUAUUUAUUUUUUAAUCUUUCCAAUCUUUUCAAAUAUCCUUUUCAGAUUACUUUCCAGAUUCCAAUUUGCUGUGUUCUUUAAGGUUUUCCUGAUCUUCAAAAUAAUCUUGUCUAUAUUAUUUGAUAUUUUCUGAAAAAUUUCCUCAUUAUUUUACUCAGUCAAAACCCUUCCAUAAUUUUGAACUUAAAUAUCCCUCAACCAUCUCUGCUCUUUUUUUUCAGGAGAGCCUUUUGUUUCGCUAAUUCCUCCAUGCAAAUAAAAUCACACAAUUGUCACAUGAGGUGAAUCUUCUCAGUACCCUGUCUCUCCGCUUUUUCUACUUGGCAUGAUUAACAUUAUUCUUCACUAUUCUUGGUUGGUGCAGCUGUAACGAAACCCAAUUUUCCUCUGGAUCAAUAAAGUAUGUCUGUCUGUCUCUAACGGAUUUGUCAUCUGCCUUAAUUGUAGAAAUUUGCAGUUUAGCUAGGGCCUAACUACCACAAGAUUGUAAGGUAUAGGAGCAGAAUUAUGCCAAUUAGCCCAUCAAAUCUGCUUUGAGAUUUCAUCAUGACUGAUCCAAUUUCCCUCUCCGUUCCAGUUACCAGCCUUCUCCCUGUAUCCCUUCAUGCCCUUGGCUAAUCAAGAAUCUAUCAACUUCUGCUUUAAAUAUACCUAAUUACCCAAUGACUAGGCCUCCACAGCCAUCUGUGGCAACGGAUUCCACAGAUUCACCACUCUGCGUGAAUAAAUUCUUCUUAAUCUCUGUUCUAAAUGGAGGUCCCUCUCUUCAGAGGCUGUGUCCUUUGGUCUUGGACUCUUCCACCAUAGGAAAUAUUCUUUCCACAACCUCUCUAUCAAUGCCUUUAAAAUACUUGAUAAGUUUCUCUGAGAUCCCCCACAUUCUUCUGAAUUCCAAUAAAUACAGUCCAGACCCAUCGAAUGUUCUUCAUGACAAACCUUUCAGUCCUGGAAUCAUUUUCAUGAACCUCCUUUGAGCCCUCUCCAAUGUCAGCACAUCCUUUCCAGAUAGGAGGCCCAAAACUGCUCACAAUACUUAACAAGUGAGGCUUCACCAGUGCUUUAUAAAGUUUCAACAUUACAUCCUUGCUUUUAUAUUCUAGUCCUCUGGAAAUGAAUGCUAACAUUGCAUUUGCCUUCCUCACCACAGACUCAACCUGCAAAAGUUGAGUGAUGAAGGGAAAAUUUCUAUUUUCUAAUUACUAUUUAUAAUUUAAAUUUUUAUUAUAUUUACUUUGAUUUGUACUUCAGGGAGCGUGAAGCGCAGAAACAAACAUCACUGUGAUGAUUCUACGCUCUAGUAUCAAUUGUUUGGUGACAAAGUAUUAGUAUUGUAUUGUAAAAUGUGAUGUUAACAUUCAAUUAGUGCUUUAAGAAUUUGAUUCUGCUUCCAUUGCUGAGAGAAGAUUUAAUGGAUGGGUCUUGAGGUAAAGUAGACAGGAAGGACCUAUUUUCCACAGCAUAUCUCAUGGGGUACAGGUUCAAAGUAAUUCACUGAAAGAUAUGAAAAAAACUUGAGGAAACACCUUUCUCACUGAGAGUAGCAGCAAUCUAUCUCUGCAGACCCUCAGGCAUAGAGCUGAAAAUCAGGGUUAAAUUGGGUACUGAUUAGCAGAGCCUAAAUGGAUCAAAUAAGACCAUAAUGCUUUAAGAUGUAGAAGCAGAAUUAGGCCAUUUGGCCCAUCAUCAAGUCUGCUCUGCCAUUCAAUCAUGGUUGAUCCUUUUUUUCCCCUCCCCAGCCUUCUCCCUGUAACCAUUGAUGUCAAGAACUGGUCAAGCUUUGCCUUAAAUACACCCAACACCCUGGUUUCCACAGCUGCCUGCCAUAACAAAUUCACCACCGUCUGGCUAAAUAAAUUUCUCCACACCUCUGUUUUAAAUCAACACCCGUCUAUCCUGAGGCUGUGCCUUCUUGUCCAAGAUUACCCCACCAUGGGAAACUUCCUUUCCACAUCUACUCUGUCUAGGCCUUUGAACAUUUGAAAGGAUUCAAUGAGAUUUCUCCCUUAUCUUUCUAAAUUCCAGUGAGUACAGACCCAGUGCAAUUAAAUGUUCCUUAUAUGAUAACUCCUUCCUUCCUGGAAUCAUCCUUGUGAACCUCCUCUGAACCCUUUCCAAUGCCAGCACAUCUUUUCUUAGAUGAGGAGCCCAAAACUGUUCACAAUACUCAAGGUGAAGCCUCACCAGUGCCUUAUAAAGCCUCAGCAUCACAUCUCUGCUCUUAUAUUCUAGCCCUUUUGAAAUGAAUGCUAACAUGGCAUUUGCCUUCCUCGCCACUGACUCAACCUACAAGUUAACAAGAACUCCCAAAUCCCUUUGAUCUCAGAUUUUUUGGAUUCUCCCACUUUAGAAGAUAGUUUGCACAUUUAUUUCUACUACCAAAGUGCAUGACCAUGCAUUUUCCAACAUUGUAUUUCAUUUGCCACUAUCUUGCCCAUUCUCCUAAUCUGUCUAAGUCCUUCUGCGACCUACCUGAUUCCUCAACACUACCUGCCCCUCCACCAAUCUUUGUAUCAUGUGCAAACUUGGCAACAAAGCCACCUAUCAUCUAAAUCAUUGAUAUACAGCAGAAAAAUAAGUGGUCCCACACCAACCCCUAAGGAACACCACUAGUCACUGGCAGCCAACCAGAAAAGGAUCCUUUUAUUCCCACUCACUGCCUCCUACCAAUCUGCCAAUGCUCGAACCUUGCAAGUGACCUUCCUGAAAUAUCAUGGGCUCUUAACUUGAUAAGCACUCUCAUGUGUGGCAUCUUGCCAAAGGCCUUCUGAAAGUCCAAAUACACAACAUCCACUGCAUGCCCUGUGUCUAUCCACUUGUAAUCUCCUCAAAGAAUUCCAACAGGUUCGUCAGGCAAGAUUUUCUCUGAAGGAAACCAUGCUGACUUUGUCCUAGCUUGUCCUGUGUCAUCCAUCACCUCAUCCUUAAAAAUUGGCAUCUUCCCAACCACUGAGGUAGGGCUAACUGGUCUAUAAUUUCAUUUCUGCUGCUUUCCUCCUUUCUUAGCAAGUGGAGUGAAAUUUUCCAGUCUUCUGACACCAUUCCAGAGUCCAAUGAUUUUUGAAAGAUUAUUACUAAUGCCUCCACAGUCUCUACCACUACCUCUUUCAGAACCCAGGGUGCAGUUCAUCUGGCCCGAUUGGCUUGCGUCUUUUAGCAUUAUGAGCACUUUCUCCCUUGUAAUAGUAACUGUAGAUGCUUCUCAUCCCUCACACUCUUCAACAUCUUUCACACUGCUAGUGUUUUCCCACAGUGAAGACUGAUGUAAAAUAUUCAUGCAGUUACUCAAAUGGCAGAUUUCACUGUAAAGUUUCAAUGGUUAUCUGUCAUUUUCAAUAAAACCAAGCAUCAUUUCAUUUUCUUUUUUUAAAUAAAUCUUACAAUAUCCUGAAGGGUAUCCUUCUUUACUGAUAAGGAAAUUCAUUGUCAGCCUUGAUUCAGUUUUUGCACUUUUGGGUUACAACUCAAAUGGGGUGGGGUGGUGUUCCAACUGCACUUUAAAGAUGUGAGUACUCAAUUCAAGAUUAAAUGCUGUAAUGUAUGAGUAAUUAUGCAUCCACUGGUUGAGUAAGAAAGCUGCUUGUUUACAUUUUAUUAAAUGAAAUUCUGUCUUCUAUUGAUUAUGUUCAACACAUGAAUGUCAUGUUGUGAAUUGGUUUUAAUUUGUUUUGUAUUUAAAAUACAUUGUCUCUUGAGUUUGGA